AAACAACACACCCAAGCGGUAGUGCGGUUGUUUUAUCUCUUUUUCAGCAGCAAAGCGUUUCUGUUGAUGCUCGUACCUAGCGGAAAAACGUUUGAUGCCAUUGUUACAGGAUGUUGUACCUGGAGGAUUAUCUCGAAAUGAUUGAGCAUUUGCCUCAGGAGCUUCGAGAUCGCUUCACGGAAAUGCGCGAAAUGGAUCUCUCAGUUCAGAACAAUAUGGACUCGCUUGACAAACGUGUUCGGACGUUGUUUCAGCAGUGCCGCCGUGGUGAGUUGGCAGGUGUUCAGGCCGAUUCGGACUUUCACUCCAUCCGCAAGGACUACUACCGGGUACUGGAGGAUUCGGACGAAAAGGUUCAGCUGGCCGGGCAGAUGUACGAUCUGGUGGAUCGGUAUUUGCGCCGGUUGGACAGUGAACUGUACAAGUUCAAGUGUGAGUUGGAAGCGGAUCACAAUGGAAUCACCGAAAUACUGGAGAAGCGUUCGUUAGAGCUGGACUCGUCUACCAGUAAUGGUGGAUUGAAUCAAAAGGAGAAUCGUUAUUUCGAUACGUUGCCCGGUUUUACCAGCGGUGGUAUUGUCAGCAGUGGUGGUGGUGGUGGUGGAGGCGGUGGUGGAGGGAGUGCGGCCCGCGUUGACCGGUACAAAGUUAAACCGGAGAAACGACGAGAUAGCGUUGGAAUGACGGUAUUAAGUGGACCGCCACCAGAGAAACGUCCGGCAGUUACGGUCAGUGCCGCAAUCAGCAGUGUUCCUCCAGUUCGUCCUACAACUCCGGGUUUAGGCACUUCCAGUGGCCCAUAUCAUAUGCUAUCGUCUUCCGGUGGCUCGAGUACAUCGAAUGCAGCAGCUUCUGUUGCAUACAAUCUGCAACAGUUUGGAGCCGGAAACGCAAUAGCGGCUGCUGCCAGUCAGGCAAUAGCUCAGACCCAACAAAUGCAGCAGGGUAGAAGAACUGCUAGUCUGAAGGCUUCGUACGAAGCCAUACACGGGGCAGGAGCUACGGGAACUGGACCUCACGAUUUACUGAUCAAUCGUGAACUGGCCGGAGCCACUCAUAAUGCACUGCAGGCCGUUGAACGUGAAACAAACAACGCAUUUUCCAACCAACAAAGGCGACAACACAAGAAAAAACUAACUGCAAAUACAUCCGCAGCAGCCACACUUUUACAAGCACACCAGAAGCAGCAGCACUCAGUCGCACUUAAUCCUAACCUGACCUCCUCGUCUCUAGAUCUGCUGGAACCGUCUACUGGCGUCGUUCCUGGGCUACUGUCGGGGGUAGCGAGUGGACCGUCGGUAGCUUCCACCAGCAUAGGAACAUCGAGACCACCCAGUUCCAGUUCCGGUGGUCCACCACCGAUGAGUGCUACCGGGUUGGGUAUUUCAUUAUCGCUUGGCGCAGGAGCAGUGCUGAAUGAAAACGGAAUGGUGGUGGAACAGACACCGGACGGCGAGUGGACGUACGACCCGAACGAACCACGGUAUUGCAUCUGUAAUCAAGUGUCGUAUGGUGACAUGGUAGCAUGCGAUAAUGAAGAUUGUCCGUUCGAGUGGUUCCAUUACCCAUGCGUGAAUAUAACAUCUUCUCCGAAAGGCAAAUGGUACUGCCCGCAAUGCAGUAGCUCCAUGAAGCGACGCGCCUCCCGCAAGAACUGACACGUUCACUUGAAUAUCCGGCAUGAGACGGCAAUCGGCUAUUUUCCCAUUCUAUAUCCUACGUAAACGCACUGGAACCCAUUUUGCCAAAAGAAAAUGCUGAAUAACGGUUUGGCUAUUUCAAUAAAUUGAAAUUAAUUAAUCAUUAUUGAUGGAAACGA